AUGUCUACCAAACGUAUAGCAGUUGUGACCGGUGGGAACAAGGGCAUUGGCUACGAAAUUGUCAAAUAUUUAUGCAAAAAAUAUGCUGGAAUUGUGUACUUGACUGCUCGCAACGAAGGCCGUGGUCUAAAUGCCUGUGAAAAAUUGAUCCUGGAAGGGGUGAAAAAUCCACCUAAAUUCCACCAACUAGAUAUAGCUGAUGACGAAAGCAUUGAAAAAUUUCGAGAUUAUUUAAAAGAGACUCAUAAUGGACUUGAUGUACUUGUAAAUAAUGCAGCAAUUGCAUAUCACCCAAAUUCACAUGUAUCUUUUGCUGAACAAGCAGAAAAGACCAUGAGAAUAAAUUUUACUGGUACGCUGAAUGUGUGCAAGGCCUUAUUUCCUCUGCUACGGCCACAUGCUAGGGUUGUACAUGUGUCCUCCGGGUCAGGAAGGCUUGGGAAAAUAACAAACGAAUCAUUAAAAAUGGAGUUAACGAUGCCAGACCUUACCGAGUCAGAACUGGUUGAUUUGAUGCAACAGUUUCUAGAUGCAACUAAAGUGGGAGACCACGAGAGCAAGGGUUGGCCAAAUUCAACCCAACCCUAUGCCGACUAUGCUGUCUCAAAGAUUGGCCUAAACAUCCUUACUGAGAUUCAAGCAAGGGAUAAUCCAUAUGAUGAAGACAAAGAUACACUUAUCAACUGUUGUUGCCCAGGACCAUGUCUAACCGAUAUGGCUGGGCCACAUGCCACCAAGACGGCAACAGAGGGUGCAGAGACCCCUGUCUACCUUGUCUUGAUUCCGUCAGGAUCAGAACAGCCACAUGGGAAGUAUUAUACUGAACUUAAGGAAGCAUCAUGGAAAUAUUGA